UCGUUUGUCGAAAAAGAAAACUAAAAGAUGGAGCAAUAUGUUGUCAUUACUUCGUUUGAGAAGUGCCAUAGCAUAUGCUGGUAGGAGAUAUUUGAGGGUGAAUCUUUUGCCAGUGUCAUACAGUGCUCUUUCAGAUGCUACUGAUGGGUUUUCUUCAAGAAAUUUGAUUGGUGUUGGUAGUUUUGGGUCCAUUUACAAAGUAGCUCUUGUUACCCCAUUUGAUGGAACUUACCUUUUUUUGGCCAAGUAUGAUAGAGUUCAUCUAGUUGCUGUGAAGGUGUUUAACCUGUCACGCCAUGGAGCAUCUAGGAGUUUCAUAACCGAACGUGACAUGUUCAGAAAUAUCAGGCAUCGAAUUGUGGUCAAGAUUGUAACUGCAUGCUCUCAUGUCGAUUUUUAUGAGAAUGAAUUCAAGGCUCUGGUGUAUCAGUACAUGGAGAAGGGGAGCUUAGAGUAGUGGUUGCAUCCAACUUCUGGAACACAACAGGUAAGACGUGCACCUAAGAAAUUAAAUCUUUAUCAGAGGCUAAGCAUUGCACUUGAUGUUGCUUCUGCGCUAGAAUAUCUUCAUAAUCAUUGUGAAACUCCAAUAGAUCAUUGCGAUAUCAAGCAAGCAAUUUUCUUCUAGACAAGGAGUUUACCGCACACAUAUCUGACUUUGGACUAGCAAGGUUUCUCUCAAGAACGAAAAAUGAUUUUGCAAUCGGUUUAAGAGGAUCUUUUGGUUAUGCCGCGCCAGGUAAUAUAUUCUUCAUUGCUGAUACAUUAUUUGCUCUUAAAUUUUUCUAACAAUGCUCUUCUAUUAUAUGUAUGUUACUAUCGGAGUGAAACAAGAGAUCUAAUUAAAGAAAAACAGAGGCUCGACUAUAUUAGUAACAAGUAAAUCCUUUGUAUGUAAAAAGCCACGA